AGUUGUAUGAAACUGAUCCUUGAAUAUUCAAAACCAAUCGGAAAAAAGUAUAAAAAGAUACUGUUGAUUGUUUGUUGUUUGUUUGCAAAAUAAAAAUGAAUACAAGAUUAAUUUUAUAGAUACGUGGAUAUAUACAUACACACAAGUGUGAUUACUAAAACGUUACAGAAUUAAAUAUAAAUUUAAAGAUAUAAAACCAUAGUGUAUACAUAGAUUUAGCACUUUUUAUAGCAUGGUAAAGGGUGAAAUUAUUUAUUUGCAAUAAUAUUGCAGUUAUUAAAAUGUAUCUGAAUGUUAUUAAGUAGAUUAAGUAUGAAUAAACCAGCAAACAAUAUAUUUAUUGCAUAUGUACUGCAUUAUUGUUAUUAAAUAAUUGUCUUAUUCUAAAUUAAAAAUCAUUGAUACGCUUGUGGUGACAACAAAAUAACAACAUUUUAUUAAUGUCGUCCAUAUGUCACAAAGAUGAAUCUUCACCUGAACUAUUUUUCCAAAGUGUAAAUGGAUACAAAUUGAAGUUAAUUGACAAAAAUACAUCAGCUAGAAAUGUUAUGAAAUUUGUCUUGUAUAGGAAUCCACAUCUGAAUGUCAAUGUGACCCUUAUUUUAAUUCUUGCAAGUUUGUUCUUGUGGAAAGUAUUUAACAUUUUAAUAUCACUUAUUGUAUUCAUAUUAAUUUUGAUAAUACAAUUCAUUUACUUUAUCACAUCUGUAAAAAAAGACACAUUAUUAGUAGUAGAAUCUGUUGGCAUAUAUACAGAAGGAAAAAGAGUAUUUUAUGGUUUAAGUUCAUCUAAAUUUGUUCCUUGGGAUACAGUGGUUGAUGUAUUUAUUAAUGAAGUUAUAAAAGGACAAAAGGUGUUGUAUUUUCUUACAUUUAUAGUGAGGGAAUCAUUUGGUGGAAAGGAUUCAUUGAAAUUGGUUCCCUUAUUUCAAGAAUUAAUACCUGAAAGAAAAUGCCUGGAAUAUAUGUACGAAAAGCUAGCUGGCUUGAUUGGACCCAAAAAGGGGAGAAUACAAUUUUAACAGUGCCUGGUUCAUACUGGUUAUGUCAUAAAAGCAACAUAUAUAAGUUUAUUUUUAGAUAUCAUCGUAUAACUAGAAAUGUAAAACAAUUCAGUUUUGGUAAAGAGUUGAUGAACGUAGUCAGAAGGAUCAUAAAGCAUCAGCCUCGUCAAGGACAACAAUUCGGUACAACGCAUCUCUUAGUUACUUACAACUAUGCAUCAUGGACUAGACAAGAUAAAAUGUUUGCAAUGAUAAAAUUUAAAGAGCGAUCUGUCGCAGCAUUUUCUCAUGCAUUUGUCUUGACUAUAAAAGUGUGCUGCCCUUUGGAAAGUACAGAUCGGAAUACAAUACAUGUAGCUACUUCUCUUUCUAAUGAAUGUUCGAUUCCAUCCAUUGAAAAUUCAAAUAAUGCACAUCCACAUGAAACUAAAAUAGAAAACGAAAGUAAAAAGGAUUUGUUAUAUUCUUGCAAUAAUACCUCCAAAAAAAAUGCUCAAUGUAAUGAUACACAAGAAAAAGUUUUAGAAUUAAAGAAUAAAGAAUCUAUGAAAAAGAAAAGGAAUAAUGAAAACACUAAUAAAUUUAAUAAGUCUUUGAAAGAUAAUACAAUUAAAUUGAAAGAAGGGAAUGUGAAUAAAGAUGUACAUAAUUCAAUGUUAUUAGAUACUAAUUCGAUUAUUAUUGAAGGGGAUGAAAUAGAUGAAGUAGAUGAAGUAGACGAUCAUUCAAUUGAUUUUAUAUAUUUAGAAAAGACAAACAAUAAAGAUGAGACACUUUGUGUUGAAAAAACUAAUGUAAAUACUACUGAAUCGGAUAAACAUCAGACUGAGAAAGAAUCCACUGAUUACAAAACCAAUUUGGUAUCAAAUAGCAAUAAUAAUAAUAGUAUUGUUGAUAAUGCUAAUACAGAUUCUGUCAAUUUACCAUACCAAUAUUUGAUAGAAAAAGAAAUAGAAAAUGAAAAACAUAACGCAUCAGAUUUCAAAAAUUGUUUGCAGGAAACUAAAAACAGUAAAAGAUCAUGUGAUCAACACGAACAGAAUUCUAAAAAACAUAAGUUGGAAGAUGUAAAUGAAGAUGAAAAGGAUUUAUCUACUUCUAAAAAACGAAAAUGUACAGUAGAUAAUAUAACGGCACGUUCUUCUGAUAUUACUAAUUUGGUAAUGGAAGGAUUAAUGUUUACAAUUCGACAAGGACAAGAUACCGUAGCGGUUAUUGAACAGAAAACUAAAUUGGAUGUAGACGAAGUGUUAGAAAAUUCUGAAAAAAUUGAAACACAAGAAGGUGAAAAACGUUUACGCAAUUCUAGUUUACUUGGAUUAGAAAAUUUAAUAACAAUGAUUGAUUUACCAAAGCAAAUUACAAAUGGAUACAAUGAUCAAAACAAAAGUAUUCAACAAGAUAUUUCAAAAAACCAAUCAUUAAACAACCAUCCAUUUGAUACUGUAAAAUGUUUUUUAAAUGAUAUACAAUCGAAAUCCUCGUAUAAUAAUUCUCCUUUACCUAGUACAAGUGUUUCGAGUAACAAUACAAAUUUAUACAUUACAAAUAAUUGCCAGUAUCUUGCACCAGAUGAUGCCUAUAAAUUUGAAGAAAAUAUGAAAUUUGAAAAACAUAAAUAUUUAAACCAUACAAAAGAAGAGGAAGAAGAAGACAUAAUACCAGAAGCACUACAGAAUAAUAGUUUUCAGUUACCAAUAAAUUCUUUAAAAGAAGUAUAUGAAUUUAAUGCAAAAUUUAUGGAAAAUGAUAAAUGUACUUUCUUUCCCAGCAACAGUUUAUCACCAUACAAGUGUCUGAAUGCUCACUCUUCAAAUGAAGUUACGAACACAUCUGUUACAAGUAAAUCGCUUAAAUUAUGCAGUGAUAAUGUAAAAACUAAGAUAAAUGCUCCAACAAUAAUUUCAAAUCAAACUAUUGGUAUGACAGAAAUACCUUUACCGCUACAAAGAAUAUUAAAAAAUAAAUUAUCAACAAGUAGUAUUCCUCUAAUUAAGAACAAUAAAACGGAUAAACGGAAUAUUCAAGUUCAUGAAAAGGUGCCUAAAAUACAAUCACAUGAGAAAGAAAAAAUUGUUUGUAAUGUACAUUCAGAAACUAAAAGUCACAAUGAUCACAAUAAUGGUGAAAGUGAAAGCAUGUCGCCUGCUGUAUCAAAGAUUGAAAUAAAAAAUACAACUUCAGAAAAAAAAUCGAAAAAUGUGGAGGAAGUAUCAUCAAAUAAAAUACAAGACAUUACAGAAGAAUUUUAUCAAGAUCUAUCAUACCUGCAAAAGAAAAAGCAUUUACGUAAUGAAAAGUAUGUUGAAUCAAGGAAAAGCCCAUUAAAUGCAUUGAGGAAUACAAAUUAUGGUGACAUGCAUCUAGAAGUGGUAAAACUUUUUCAAGAUAUUACAAGGGGUGCCAAGGUUGUUGUAAAACGUAUAAGUAUAAAUAAAUGUUCAUAGGUUAAUAGAAAGUUCCUGUUUAGCCAGAUGCACUACUAACUUAAAAAAACAAGUGUCAUAUUAUUUAAUCAAUAGAUACUAAGUAGUAUAAUUAAAAUUUUUUAUACAUGUAUUUCACGCAAUCGGUGUGAAUAAUAAAUAAAUGUAUAAUA